AUCUCUCAGACCCUCUCGUCCUUUUGGUUUGACGAAGGUGCAGCUUAUCUCUUACACGAGAAUUUAGUGGCUCCAAAAAUACCCAGAGGCAUAGAUGCGGUGUUAAAAACGAAACAAAAACUCUUUUGACGCACUUUGUGAAACAGAUUUACCGUUCUGUUACACCAGAGCGCGAAUAAUGGCGAAAGGUUGUUCACUUGUUUUGGUGCCCUGUGAACCCGACAAGUUUUAGAAUUCGGUUGCUACGGUCCUCAGUAAUUUUUGAGACUUAGUGUUAAAAGAAUUUUCAUGAAAGGGGCCACAUUAGCUUACCGUGAACGCCAAACUAGGCCCGUAAAUUUAUUAUUCAGUCGGUGAACAUGUCAGCUCAGUCUGACUCUACUGCUUUCAACAGAAGGUCUUCGACACCAUCGAGAAGAGCUUGGGAGGAGGAAACAGAAGGGAAACCACAGAUAAGCGCUUCACAAAGCGACCUAAACAAGAAUGUAACUGACAGAAAUAAGCCUGCGUCUCCGAAAAGGACUGCCAGUGAAGGACAAAAGACAUUGACUAGCAUGGAAAGCAACGGAUCGGCCGAAGUUCGACUUAGGUCGGUGGAAGUUGGUGUUGAAGAAAAUGCUAACAUUAGAACCAGCAAAAAUGAAAUUUCUCAGAAGGAUAAUGUAACGAAUGGAUUUCCAGACGUUAACGUUAAAAAUGGAAAACAGUUUGGUUUGAGGGAUCCUGAAGCUUUGAAAGGUGAACAUAUAUGCGAGGAUUCCUGUUGUGGUGACUGGACAUUAUUUACGCGGGUUUUCAAGUCAAAGCGAUUCGAAUCGGAAAAGCUCGAGGGCCUGUAUCAGCGUUACGUGUUUCGCUUGAACCAGAAGUUUAUGAGCUGGCUCAUUGGGCUGCUACUUAUUUUGACUUUUAUUCUAAUAGGGUUGCAGUUCGGUAUGGAAAAUAAAAUGCCAGCGAAAACCAAUGCCGAAGGCAUCACUCUGUGUAUAUUCGCCGUUGCGUACAUCUUGCUUGCUUUGAUUGUGAACAGAAGUGGUUCAUCUCAGAGCCAUUUGAACUGGGUCUCGUAUAUUUUACUUGCCAUCUCAUGUGGAUUUGUACUAGCUGCGGUAGUUUGUCCACCAUGGGAAUUUGCGGAUCCUAGUCAUGUUAAAAGCCUUUAUUCACCGUCGGAUGGCGUAUGGCUGGCAGCCUUCUUCGUUUAUAUGACUUACACCAUGUUACCAGUAAGGAUGAGAAUUGCUGUUUUCGGAGGUUGUCUUCUUCCUGCUAUCCAUCUAAUAUCAAGCGCAGCCAUGAAUAGCAAUGAUACGAAUCUUACGAGAUUGAUUUUCUUUAUGUCAAGACGAAAAUGCAAGAAAACCCACAGGUUCGGCGUUGAACAAGAUCUUUGGCACUGAGUUGAGCGACCAUGGGUUGCACUGUAACCAAGAGCAAUAGUUGAGGGAAGUUGUAGACACUAGUCCCGCCAAAGAAGCUGAAGAUCAAACGACAACAAGUGCUAGUUGCACGAAAUUGCUAGAGAAUGGAUGCAAUUCCGAAACUUCCGCAAUGAGAGAGUCAAGGGCAGA